AUGUCUGACUUCGACCACUUCGGUAGCUCCGAUGAGGAGAAUGCCGAGAUCAAGAAGCUUCAAGCUGAGGUGGACACCGAUCCCGAUAACUUCGAGCACUGGGAGAAGCUUGUACGCGCCUGCGAGGGUUUGGAGGGCGGCCUGAACCGCAACUCCAGCCCCCAGGCCCUGGGGACUCUGCGCGAUGCCUACGACCGAUUCCUUCUCAAAUUUCCCCUACUCUUUGGCUACUGGAAGAAGUACGCCGAUCUCGAGUUCAAUAUUGCAGGACCCGAGUCGGCCGAGAUGGUCUACGAGCGAGGAUGUGCUAGCAUCACCAAUUCUGUCGACUUGUGGACCGACUACUGCUCCUUCAAAAUGGAGACCACCCAUGUCCCACACCUCGUCAGAGAAUUGUUCGAACGCGGCGCUACAUGUGUUGGCCUGGACUUCCUCGCCCAUCCAUUCUGGGAUAAGUACAUUGAGUACGAAGAACGACAGGAGGCGCAGGACAAGAUCUUUGCAAUCCUUUCCCGCGUCAUCCACAUCCCGAUGCACCAGUACGCCCGCUACUUUGAGCGUUUCCGCCAGCUUUCUCACAGCCGUCCCGUUACCGAACUGGUUCCUGCCGAGACGCUCGACAGUUUUAAGGCUGAGGUAGAGGCAGAGGCUGCCCAGUAUGCAGGUGUGCAGCGAACAGAACUCGAGGUGGAGCGUGACAUCCGCACCAAGAUCGACGCAAUGUACUACGAAUACUUCACCCAGACUCAGAACGAAACCAACAAGCGGUGGACGUACGAAUCCGAGGUCAAGCGCCCCUAUUUCCACGUUACGGAGCUCGAGAACCCGCAACUCGUCAACUGGCGCAAGUACCUCGACUUUGAGGAGUCUGAGGGUAACUUCACGCGCACAGUCUUCCUCUACGAGCGAUGCUUGGUUACCUGCGCAUUCUACGAUGAGUUCUGGUUCCGUUACGCCAGAUGGAUGUCGGCACAGGAGGACAAGGAGGAAGAAGUUAGAAUCAUCUACCAGCGCGCCGCCACUCUGUUCGUGCCCAUCAGCCGUCCGGGCAUCAGGCUUCAGUGGGCCUACUUUGAGGAAAGCUGCGGUCGUAUUGACAUUGCGAGGGACAUUCAUGCCGCGAUCCUCAUGGGCCUGCCUGACUGCAUCGAGGCCAUCACAUCAUGGGCUCAUCUCCAGCGUCGCCAGAGCGGACUGGACGCUGCCAUUGAGGUGUUUAAGGCACAGAUCGACUCUCCACAGGUUGACAUCUUCACCAAGGCUGCGCUGGUGACUGAAUGGGCAUCCUUCCUCUGGAAGGUCAAGGGUUCAACUGAAGAGGCGCGUAACGUGUUCCUCAAGAACGUGCAGUGGUAUGCCGACAGCCGCGUCUUCUGGGAUAGGUGGCUGGAAUUUGAGCUCCAGCAGGCCACCAGCACCGAGGUUGAGGACCAGCAUGCCGAGCGUGUCAAGCAGAUCUUUGAUGAGCUUCGGAGCAAGAGCCGCCUGUCAGCCUCAACAAAGAAGGACUUGUACCACAUUUACCUGUCGUACCUUCAACAGCGGGGCGGCAAGGAUGCCAUGAAGCAAUUCUUGGCCAUUGACCGGGAGAUCUACGGUCCUGGAUCUAUCUCUGUCCUCGCCAAGGCUAAGUCCGGCAAGGAAAACGGCGUCGGAGGAGGCGAAUUAGACGACACGACAAGACACCGUGCGGAGGCCAGAUACCUCAAGUACUACGAACUGCCCAACGAGCCAGAUGCCGAGGGCCAGGGAACGGCACCCUUCAACUAA